UCAAACUUUAUGAAACAUGACUUAUCAUGAACGAGGAUAUUAAUUUGAGAGAAAGUAUUUGCGAGUUACAAGUACUACUCAAGACUUUAUAGUAAAUGAUCAGCGCACACGGAGGUCGGUUUGCAUAUUAUUUUCUCCGCUAGAUCAAGUUCGCACCUAGAUCGCUAAUAUUCAAAAUGUAUGAUGUAGAUUUGCUUAUAUUGCUACUUGUGGGGCUAACUCAUUCUGCAACUGUGAACGAAGAUAAUAUUCCCCCGUAUGUCAAGCAAUGUUACGAAGGAGAUCCAGAAGUAAUUCAAUGUUUCAAGAGUGCGCUCCAUCAUCUAACUCCAUAUCUGGCUACUGGAAUCCCAGAAAUUGAAUUACCCUCCGUUGAACCUUUCAGAAUGGAAGAACUCUCCCUGUCUCUCACUACAGGGCCAAACGGAUACAAGGUAUCUUUAUUGGACAUAGACAUCUUUGGUGCAAGCAAUUUCAGCGUGAAGAAAAUAAGGCUUAGUGAAAAGGACGAACCCUUCGAAACAAGAAUACAUAUUCCAAAAUUGAGGAUAAAUUCGAGGUACCAAAGCAGUGGAGUCCUGAUCAUAUUACCUGCAAGUGGUAAUGGAACUUUCAAUGGGUUAUUCGAAGAUGUAACUGCUAUAGUAAGAGGAACAGCCAGUAUUUCAGAGAGAGAGGGCGUUAAAUAUCUGCACAUUGAUACAUUGAACGUGGAUAUAGCAAUAAAGAAUGUGAAAAUGAACGUCAAGGAUAUUUAUAGGAAUAAUAGGAUAUUGACUCAAGCAAUAAACCUAUUCUUACUUGACAAUGGACAAGAAAUCCUCAGGAUAAUGUUACCGCAACUAAGGAAGAAACUUGCGGCUUUGUUUAUGAGCAUUUCAAACAAAUUAUUGAGUCAUCUGCCAUUGGAUGUAUUUUAUGUACCAUUGUCGAAGCAGAAGAAGACUUAGGUUUGAAGGAUACCAAAAAGAUAACAGUGAUUUAGAUUAUAUUGUUUAUUUUUAUAUAGAGUGUAGUUGAAUAAAAUUGAUUUAUAAUUAGUAGGUAUUAUAAUCUGUUGUGAAUAUGAAAAGAACUGAGUGAUUUA